AUGAUUGAGCCGAUUGCCGUCAUCGGCUUGGCAAACCGCUUCCCCGGCGGCGCCGACACACCGGCCCGGCUGUGGAGCAUCCUCAAGGAUGCAGGCUCCGACGAGGCGGCCGACCUCUCGCGCGAGCCCCCGGCAGGUCGGAUGAACCUGCGUAAGUUCUACCACCCGGACGGAGACAGGCACGGGCGCACGCCCGUCGGCAAGGCGUACUUUCUCUCGGAAGACCAGGACCCGGCGCUUUUCGACGCGUCCUUCUUCGGCAUCAGCCCGCUGGAGGCGGAAGCCAUGGACCCUCAGCAGCGCAUCCUGCUCGAGACGGUGUACGAGGCGAGCGAGAGUGCCGGGCUGCCGCUGGACAGGAUCAAGGGGACCAAGUGCGCCGUGUACGUGGGCGCCAUGACGUCCGACUAUGCUGAGCUCCCGGCCCGCGACGUCGAGGACGUGUCGAGCUAUAUGGCCUCGGGCACCUCGCGCGCCGUCUUGGCGAACCGCAUAUCCCACUUCUUCGACCUGCGCGGCCCGUCCGUCUGCCUGGAUACCGCCUGCUCCUCAUCCCUGGUCGCGCUGCACCUCGCGUGCCAGGACCUCCGGACGGGCGGGGCCGACACCGCCGUCGUGGCCGGGUCCUGCGUCAUCUCCAGCCCCGACAUGUUUAUCAGCGAGUCGAAACUACACAUGCUGUCGCCCACCGGCCACUGCCGGAUGUGGGAUUCGAGCGCGGAUGGGUAUGCGAGGGGCGAAGGCGCCGCCGCGCUCUUCCUGAAGCCGCUCGGCAGGGCCCUGGCGGACGGCGAUCCUGUGCACGGCGUCAUCAGGGCCUCGGGUGUCAGCUCGGAUGGGCGCACGCCGGGGAUUACCAUGCCUUGUUUUCGGUCUCAGGCGCAGCUCAUAAGAGACGUGUACGUGUCGGCUGGUCUCGACCCGCUCAAACCCGAGGACCGAUGCCAGUAUUUCGAAGCUCACGGUACGGGUACGCAAGCUGGCGACCCAGUCGAGGCCCGCGGUGUCUUUGACGCUUUCUUCUCGGCCGGCAGUGGCGGGGUCAGAGCCGACGACCAAGAAAACGGCGGCGGGCGGCAGCUGCUCGUCGGCUCUGUCAAAACCGUGCUGGGCCACUUGGAAGGGUGCGCAGGCCUGGCGGGCAUCAUCAAGGUGCUGUUGGCCAUGAAGCACGGCGUGGUGCCUCCCAACAAGCACUUUGUGAAGCUCAACCCGAAAAUAAUCCAAUUCAGCCACCGACUGCGCGUGCCGACCAAGGCCUUGGCUUGGCCCGACUCUGGAGGUCCGGACGGAACGAGGCGCGCAAGCGUCAACAGCUUCGGGUUUGGCGGGACCAACGCGCACGUUAUCGUCGAGGGGUUUGACGCCGGCACCGCGGACAAUGCGACUCUGCAGCAAGAAAAACAUCGCCCGCCACCGUUGCCGUCGCCGACGCAGCUCUUGCUUAGCGCCCACAGCGAAAAGUCGCUGCGGACCUACGCGCAGCGGUUGGCCACCUACCUCGACCAGAACGAAGACGUGAACCUGACAGAUCUGGCCUGGACCCUCAUGGCCCGCAAGACUCACUUCCCCGUGCGGCUGGCAAUCUGUGGCACAUCCAAGGACGAGCUGCAAGCGGCCUUGCGGAAAGCAGCGGUCGACAAGUCGGUGGAAUGCACCACCGUCCCUGCGCAGCCUCUCGUCUCGCCGUCGGAGGGCCUCGGGCUGCUUGGAGUUUUCACCGGUCAGGGGGCGCAGUGGCCAGCCAUGGGGCGAGAGCUUAUCUUGCACGAUCCCGUAUUUCGCAGGUCCAUCGAGGCAUGUGAAGUUGCGCUGGCCACCGUCCCCGACCCACCGGCUUGGUCCCUCAAGGCGGAGCUCCUCAAAACGGGUCAAGAGGGCAGCCGCAUGUCGGAAGCGAUGCUCGCGCAGCCCGCCACCACAGCUGUCGAGAUCGGCCUCGUCGACGUGCUGGCGUCCAAAGGCAUCCGCUUCACCGCCGUGGUGGGCCAUUCGUCGGGUGAAAUGGCGGCCUUGUACGCGGCGGGGUUCCUGUCGCUGGAGGACGCCGUGCGCAUCGCCUACUACCGGGGCUUGCACGCUUCCCAGUUAGCCAGAGACAACGGCGCCAUGAUAGCCGUGGGCCUGUCGUGGGAUGCGGCGGCGCGCUUUUGCCAAGACGAAAGGUUCAGGGGCAGGCUGUGGCGGGCCGCCAAGAAUUCGCCAUCCAGCGUGACCUUGUCGGGAGAUGCCGACGCGGUGGCCGAAGCAGAAGCGGUCCUGAAGGCGCAGAACACGACAGCUCGGACGCUCAAGACCGACAAGGCCUACCACUCGCCCCACAUGGAAGCUUGCGCCGAGGCAUAUCUAGCUUCCCUCAGGGCUUGCGGGAUCAAGCCGAGGUUGCCCGCGCGCAGGGACUGCGUCUGGGUCUCAAGCGUCGACGGCCUCGCGAACAGAUACUGGGCGAGUCGGAAGGGCGACGACAGCACGGCAGCGCUGCUCACCAGCUCACUUGCCGGCCCAUACUGGAUCGAGAACCUCGUGAAGCCCGUGCUGUUCGAGGACGCCAUCGUCACCGCCCUGACCAACGGUGGCCCCUUUGACGCCGCCAUCGAGGUGGGCCCGCAUCCGGCGCUCAAGGGCCCCGUCGGCCAGUCCAUUCAGCCGCACCUGCGGCGGACCAAAGCUUUGCCUUACUGCGGGGCUCUGAACCGGGGAGAAAAUGGCCUCGUCAGCAUCUCCAAGACGCUGGGAUUUCUGUGGUGUCGGUUCGGCAGCAGCGCAGCCGUCGACUUUGCCAAGCGGGAACCAGACGAGGAGGGCGGCGGCAGGUGCCGGACACUGUCCGACGUGCCCCCGUACGCUUGGGACCACGACGGGAAGUUGCUUUGGCGCGAGUCGCGCAUUUCCCGGAAUCACCGACUCCGCCAAGCACCAGGGCCGUUGCGUCCCGACCCCUCGUCGUUCUGCGAGACGCUGAUCGGCCAGCGGUGUCCGGACGACUCGGACUGGGAGCCGCGGUGGCGCAACUUCUUCAGCCUCAAGGACAUGCCGUGGCUGCGAGGACACUCGUUUCAGGGCGCCGCGCUGUUUCCGGCCAUGGGUUACACUGUCAUGCUGCUCGAGGUGUCGCGGCACCUGGCGGCCUCCUGCGGCGAAAACGGUCACAAACUCGUGUCGGUGGAGGCUCUUGGGCUGAGUUUGGAGCGGACUUUGUGCGUGCCAGAGGGAGGGAAGACGGUCGAGGUUGUCACGUCUGCCAAGCUUUCUCAGAGGAGGCACGUCGAGGGGCAGUCGUCCAUCAUCGAGGCUGACGUCAGCUUCUACAUCUGUGUAGAGCCCGCCACUGGCGCUUUGGACAGAACGGCCUUCUGCUCUGUUCUGCUGAGCCUAGGGGACGAGACAUCUGCGUCUCCGGGUGCAGCACCCGUCAUCCCUGCUCGCAUCGCACCCGAAAAAGCAACCAAGCAGGUCGACGUCGAAGCUUUUUACAGCAGCCUGAGGGGCUUGGGCCUCGAGUACGACGGCGUUUUCCGCCGUCUCGACUCCCUGAGACGUUGCCACAGAGUCGCCACGGGCGAGGCGUCGUGGGAUGCGGCCGAGCUUCUCGACGGAUGGGGCGACCAGCUGCAUCCGGGACUGCUGGAUACCGGCAUUCAACCACUGCUGGGGGCAAUGGCGGACCCGAGGACAGAGAAGCUGUGGACUGCAUUUCUGCCGCAGAGGAUCGAAAGGAUCGUGCUGGAUCCAGCCCGGUGCGCCGUCAUCUGGGAUCGGGCUUCGUCCAGAAUCGAGCUCGUCACGGACGCGAACAUAACCAUGGAAGACCACACCAAGCUGGAAGGCGACGUGACAAUGUACAUCUCGGGACGGGGACCUAGUGAGUUCUACCCUCUGGUUCAGAUCGAGGGCAUGCGGUUGGCCGCACUCAACAGGGCCGACCCGUCCAACGAUCGUCUCCUCUUCAGCUCGACAGUCUGGAAGCCCGAUGUCUUGUUCGGCGGAGGCCAGUUCCCCAUCGACUUCAAUCCACGCCAGGACUCCAUGAUCGAAGCGGCAGAGCGCGUCUCCCUGUUCGUUUGCAAAACCGUCGUGUCCGAAGCCGAGAGGGUUGGCAUCAGUAACCUCAAGCCGCACGAGCAGCUGUUUGUCGAGCAGUCACAGAACCUCCUGGCGUCGGCGCAAAGCGGUCAACUGUACCCGUGCGAGGCCUGGUGGCUCGCCCAGGACACCAGAGAAACCAUCGAGGCCGUGCUCGAACAGCACAAACACCAGAUCGAUUUCCGGAUUCUCAAGGCGGUAAACGACGAAAUAGGCGCCGUGUUCCGCAACGAAAAGGGCAUGUUGGAGGUCCUUUUCGCCGACGACAUGUUGAGCGAGUUCUACCGCGAGGGCUUGGGACUGCGCAAUACCCAGAGGCAGGUGUCCCAGUAUAUGAAAGCCAUAUCCCAUCGAUUCCCCAAUGCCAACAUCCUCGAGCUGGGAGCCGGCACUGGCGCGACCAUGCUCGCGGUUUUGGAUGCCGUGGGUCCCGACGUCCACGGGUCCUACACAUUUACUGACGUAUCCAUGGGGUUUUUCCCGGCCGCGAAGAAGCGCGUGGAGGAUGCAGGUCACGACCUUGACCGCAUGGCGUUCCGGCUGCUGGACAUCACAUUACCGUUCGAGGACCAGGGUUUCUCUGCCGACGUAAAAUACGACGUUGUAAUCGCCGCGAACGUGAUCCACGUCGCCCCCGACAUCUCGGCCGCGCUGGCCCGCAUACGGACCCUGCUCAAGCCCGGCGGCUUUCUUGUCGCCGUGGAGCCGACGGCACAUUUGGCGCGCAUCCAGGUCAUCAUGGGCGGGCUGGACGGGUGGUGGCAGGCCCAGGACCAUGAGUGCCGCAUGGGCAGGGGACCGCUGCUCAGCGAGGAGGCCUGGGACGCCAAGCUGCGCCAGGCGGGCUUUUCCGGGCUGGAUGUGUUCAAGGGCGAUCAGCCGGACGACAGGCUGCGUACUUGCACCUCGUUUGUGACGCAGGCUGUAGAUGACAACAUCAUGGCGCUCCGUGACCCUCUGGGUCAUGGCCUUGGUCUGGUCGACCAGGCGCAGUUAGUGGUCGUCGGGGGCGGGGCUGCAUUGGCACACGACAUGGAGAGCGAGCUUAAGCCGUUGGAGAUGCGCCGCAUACCAGUAUUCAUCGCUGAUAUCCAAAGCGUCAACCCUGAAACUCUGCCCCAGGGUGCCACAAUUCUCCUGCUGUCUGAACUAGACCGACCUCACUUUAAGCUUCAGGACGGCGAGACAGCGCCCUUGACCACCGUCGACGAGUCCGUGCUGGCCGGGUUGCAGUGCCUUUUCUCGCGCGCCGCCAGCGUCCUCGCCGUGACACGGAAUGCGCACUCAACCGACCCGUUCUCGUCCAUGAUUCACGGCCUGGCACGUGGCUUGCGUACCGAGGAACGGUCCCUGCGGAUCCAGGCCGUGGACAUCGAGGAGCACCAGGAGGCACAGUCCAGCAGGUUGGGCGGUGUCAGCCUCAGGAUGCUUGUGGAACUCUUGCUUCGGCUGGUCUUGACGCCGACUGUGGUGAAAGACGACGAGAUCUUCUGGACGGAGGAGACGGAGUUGCGGCUUCUGGGGGACAAGCUUUUUAUCCCGCGCGUCCGGCAAGACCGCGAGCGCAACGAGCGAACAAACUCGGGCCGACGUGCAAUUACCAGAAUCGUGUCCAGGGCGACGCACAUUGUCGAAGUGCGGCCAUCUCCCUCGUCCAAAUUGGCUGGUACAGUCAAGGGUUGUCCCGGCUCGGGUGACUGCGGGUUUGAGUUGUUUUCGAGGCCGAAAAUCGAGUGGGGAAGUUCAGACCAUGUCGCGAUCGACGUUUGUCUUUCCACGCUGCUGCCUGUUGUCAGCUUCGGCUCCCCGCAAGCGCCCCUGUACCUCGCGUUUGGCGUGACCCAAUCCAGGCCGGUUUUAGCGCUCCUCCCACUAAACGCGUCGGUCGUACGGGUCCCUGCCCACCACACGCUCCCAAUCGAUGAGGGCGGCAACAAAACCGCCAAAGAGCUUGUCAAAGUCCUUGCAGAUCCUGAAGAAGGGAAUUCAUCAAUUCAUGCAUAUUCUAUCCUCGCAUCUAUCGGCAUCGCGCUGCUGGCAGCUGCCUGGCUACGCCUGGUUCCGCGCGGCCAUGUCUUUUGGAUGCACGGCGAAUUCCCUGCCGCUGUCGUCCAAAUAUUUGAACGCCAGGCCGCUCUCAAGGGCGUUCGCAUUUUCUACACUUCAACUUCAUCGCUGAAUCCUUCCCUUUGCUGUGGCGUAAAGCAGCUGCAUCCAAACAUACCGGCGAGGGUGAUCCGCGAUGCGCUGCCUGGGCGGGUCAGUGCUGUAGUCACGGCGGGCCACCCUGACAAAGGGCCUGGAAAACUACCACCCAGCUACCGCUCAGCCGUCAAUGUCGACAAGGUCGUCUGCGGUCCAAUUUUCAGCCCCCCUGGACUGUCCGAGUGGGAAUACUAUCAGGGCGUUACGACUCAACAUCUCUCUGAUGCCCUCGCUUUAGCAUCCGCCGUACAACACGGUGCCAGUGGGACGGCCGACGAUGCCAUGUCCGCUGUUACCAGAAGGCACACUCUCGAUGAUGUUGAGCAAUUGGUUGUUGGCCGGUCGAUCUUGAUUCCAGUGCUGGACUGGCAAGUGAAUAGAGCGCCAAGGGAGCAAUCACAGGAGUAUGCCACACUCGCCUGCCGUGUCCAGCCCUUGGUUGAGAGCGACCUGUUCCGUCCCGACCGAACCUACCUCCUGGUCGGACUCACAGGGGAGGUCGGCCUCACUCUAGCCAGCUGGAUGAUACGUCAGGGCGGCGCGAAAUACCUCGUGCUUACGAGCCGUAACCCCCACGUCGGUGACGACUUUGUCCGGGAUAUGGCCGACAAGUACGAGGCCAAAGUAGUUGUGCGCACUAUGGACGUUGGCGACUUUACCAGCGUUCAGCAGACAAUCAACUACAUCAGGGAUAGCGAAUUCAUGCCAUCCCUCGCCGGCGUCUUCAACGGUGCCAUGGUGCUUGAUGACGGUCUUUUCAGCAGCCUUAGCGCCAAACAGGUAGCCGCGGCGCUCAGGCCCAAGGCAGAUGGCAGUCUAAACCUCGAGCGGGCCGUCGCGCAGCUCGAGAGAGAAAGCGGCCCCCUCGACUUUUUCAUCAUGACCGGCUCUACCGGCAGCGUUAUUGGUACCCCGGGCCAGUCCAACUACCACAUGGCAAACCUCUUCAUGGCAUCCCUUGCUGCAGACCGCAGACGCAGGGGUCUGGCUGGCUCCGUCCUCGACAUCGGGCUCAUCUCGGAACUGGGCUAUGCGGCGCGCCAGGCCGCAUCUGUCCACCGAAACCUGCGCAGCAUGAAGAUAGUCGCCCUGUCAGAGGAGGACAUCCACGUCAUGUUUGCAGAGGCGAUCGUCGCCGGCCGCGCCAGUCAGGAGGCUUUCGGCGGCGAUACGGAGAUUAUCACUGGUCUAAAAGUAAUCCGCAACGAGGCUGACCGGCCGUUCUGGGCAGACGAGCCGCGCUUCUCCUUCUUGGUCAAAGACAAGGCAAGCACAGCUAUCGUGGGUCAUGGUGCGUCUCCUGCUGCUGCUGGCAAUAGCGAACUGUCAUUGGAUUCUUCGCCGCUCGACGACCUCCGUGCCGCACUGGCAACCGCCUCGGCAGCCACCGAGGAGGCGACACUGGUCGCCAAGAUCAAGGCGGCACUGGCCCAGAGGCUCGAGGGUCUGUUGCAGCUUCAAUCCGGCUCCGUCAACAUGGAGGCGUCACUGGUCAGUCUCGGCAUCGAUUCGUUGCUCGCCAUGGAGGUCGGCUCGUGGCUGCGCAACACCGUCGGGGCAGAGAUCUCGGUAGUGCAGAUUCUUGGGGGCGCGACCGGUGAAUCCAUCUGCUCGUCCUCUGCGACCAGCGUGCUGUCAAAGAUCCGAACCUCCGGAGGGAGGGCCAACACGCCCAACGGAGCACCUGCUACUGUCGCAGGUGAGCAAGACGAGGCUGCUGCCCCCGUGAAUCCGACGCCUCGAUGCUACCAAGAAACGUCGGUCCUGGAAAAUUCCUCGCCUUCAGACUCAUCCACGCCAAAGACAAAAAGUACAGACCUUGAAAACUCACCCUUGGCUCUGACGCCCUUGACAAAUUCGCCCGGGACACAAUCGCCUCAAACUCUAGACUCGGAGACUGACGAUCUUGUUGUUGAUCUCGAGAAUGGCAAGGAAAAGACGCCUUCACGGCGACUCUAUACUGUCCAACGGGCCGUUCGUAUGUCGUUCGGCCAGGAACGCUUGUGGUUCAUGCACCAGUUUCUCGAGGACGCGACGACAUACAACGAGACGGCCAUGUACGAGAUUCAUGGGCCUCUAGACCCCAAAAGGCUGCAGAGGGCGUUUGAAAAGAUCACCAGACGCCACGAGAUCCUCAGGACCUCCUUCUACACGGAUCCUGAUACAGAUCUGCCGAUGCAGGCCGUGAGGACCGUUUCGGCCUGCUUUUUCCGCUUCGUAGACGCCAAGGGAGGCUUUGACGAACAAGCUGCGGUUCUAGACUGCGAGUUCAAAGCCGUCAAGGAGCGUCACUGGGACCUUGAAGGCGGGGUCUGCACCGGCGUCACGCUGAUCUCGCUGGCUCACGACCGACACGGCUUCAUCAUCGGCAGCCACCAUAUCGUGAUGGAUGGUAUGACCUGGAUCAUACUUUUGCGCGACCUGUUCCGGGAAUACGAACUUGAUCGAGGUCAGGCAUCGGCACUGUCUCACCCACCCCUUCAGUACGCCGACUUUGCAGUUCGCCAACGCCAUCUUGUCGACAAGGGGCACUAUGCCGACGACAUUCGGUUUUGGGCCCAGGAACUAGGCAACAGAGACGGCACCCCUAUACCACUAUUCCCCAUGGCUCGAGCCUCGACCCGAAAGCCCACCAACAGCUACGCGAGCGUCAUUGCCGAGCGCAUGCUCGCGGGCGCGCUCGUCUCUCGCGUCCGGCAAACGAGCAGCUCGCUGAACAUAACCCCAUUCCAUUUUCACCUGGGCGUUUUGGCAACGCUCGUCAGCCGCCUCUCGCGCAUGGAUGAGGUUUGCAUUGGCAUCUGCGACUCUGGGCGCGGCACGGGCAGCAGCGAGGGCGAGCCCGACUUUUCCGGCACUGCAGGUUUCUUCAUCAACUUUGCACCUCUGGUCCUGUCCGUUUCUCCCAGCGGCGAUCGGAGCCAAGACACAUUCUCUGCCCUUUGCAAGCGCGCCUCCGCCAAGGCAAUCGCGGCCCUUUCGCAUGCCGGCGUCCCAUUCGACGCGCUGAUAGACCAGCUCAAAGUCCCGCGCACCUCACGGCACAGCCCUGUCUUCCAAGUCGUCAUCAACUACCGCCUAGGCGCGCUAUCUCAUGGUGACGUUGGCGGGUGCCAGGUGAAGUAUGUCCGGUCGCACGGCAGCAGGAACCCGUACGAUCUGUGCGUCAACAUCAGCGAAUCUCCCCACGGCGAUUCGUUGGUCGAAGUGGUCAUGCAGGAGUCGCUCUACUCAACCGACGCCGCCAAGGCUGUCCUCGAGUCCUACUGUCGGCUGCUUGAGGCGGCCAGCCGGGACCCGCACAUGGCCGUCGACAAUUUUGAAAUUUUUGACAACUCGCCCGCCCUCACAUCCACCCUUUCUGCUCCACCACCAAACCUUACCGAACCUCCAGCCUGGGCACCGACAAUUUCCCGACAAAUAGACAAGGCAGCGGUCGAGCAUCGCGACGCACCCGCGAUAACGGAUGGAGACCAGACUUUGACGUACUACGAACUGAUGCGGAAGGUGGACAGCAUCUGCGAAUUACUUUUGAAAACAAAGACUGCUUCGGAAGAUGGAGACUUUGUCUGUGUGUUACUCUUUGAGCCUUCGGCAGAUUACGUCGCCGCGCUUCUUGCCGUCCUCAGAGUGGCCGGGGUUUGCGUGCCCAUCGACCCAAGAAACCACAGGGAGAGAAUGGCUGUCAUGGUGGGCGACUGCAAACCUAGCGUCAUCCUCCAUCACAGCAGUACAGCUGAGAUGGCAUCCUGGCUGUUGACCAGAUCCUCCGACCCUAAGCUCCAAGGUGUGGAUACAUCUUCAGUGGUCUCUUGGUCGCGAGCAGAAGUUGCCAACACUUCAAAAGCCCAUGCGCCCGCCAUGAUCAUAUACACCAGCGGUACGACAGGGACGCCCAAGGGCGCUGUGCUGACGCAAGGAAACUACGUUGCCAUCACUGCCUCCAUCUCGCAUGCCCUUGGCCUACGCCCCGGCGGCGAGUCGGUCCUGCAGCAGAGUUCCCAAGGGUUCGACAAUUCUCUUGUUCAGAUCUUCUCCUGCCUUGGCACGGGCAGCCGGCUGGUGAUUGCCUCUCGCGCCCAAAGAGCCGACCCGGCCGCGCUCGCUCUCCUCAUGAAGGCGGAAAAGGUCACCGUCAUGACGGGCACGCAGACCGAGUUCAUGCAGCUUUUCCAGGUCAGAGACGACGCUCCCGAUGCCGCCGAUGGCGAUGACGACGGCGCGCACGAGAGGUUGGACUGGUGUCGACAUUUGCAGACCGCGGUGGUCGGCGGCGAGCCCUUCACGCCGCAGAUAGCCGCCAAGUUCAGAGAUUUGGAAGAUGCAGGGGGCAAGCUUCGCGUCUUUAACAUGUACGGCCCCACCGAGACCUGCAUGAUCAGCAACAUUGGCCGCCUCGAGUUUGGCGGCAGGCAAGACGACGAGAAAGGCGGCUUGUUCCCUGCCGGUCCCGCCUUUCCCAACGUCCGUGUCUACGUCCUCGACGAGGCGGCCAGGCCCGUCCCCCCUGGCUGUUCGGGAGAGAUUUACAUCGCCGGGGACGGUGUUGGCCUCGGAUACCUGGCUCGACCUGACCUGACCCAGACAGCCUUUGUAGCUGAUACCUUUGGUCCCGGCAACACGAAAAUGUACCGCACCGGAGACUCGGGCUUCUUGCGCCCGGGAGACGGCUCGCUGGUCGUCCUCGGUCGGAUCAAGGACGACUCACAGGUGAAGAUUCGAGGCUUCCGCAUUGAGCUCGACGAAAUCUCGUCGGUCAUAGUCAAGUCCGCCGCAGGCAGGGUUUCCCACGCCGUCACCACCGUUCGCGGGGCCGGCGAGGAGAAGACCCUCGUCUCUUUUGCCGUCGGCGCGGGAAGCAAGCAGGAAUCCGCAGCGGCCGAUGCUGCCUUCCUCGCAGCUUUGAGAUCGUCUCUGCCCCUGCCCGGGUACAUGUGUCCUGCCGCCAUCCUGCCCCUGGAGAAACUCCCAACCACGACGAGCGGGAAGCUUGACCGUGCUGCCCUGGACCAGAUCCAACUUCCAGUCGCGGUCCCCACCGGAGCCACCGGCGACAGUCCCGAGUCCCAGCUGUCGGACACGGAGCAGGAGCUGCUGUCGGUCUGGAUGGACGUCCUGCCAAGCUCUGUCGGUCAGGAUGCGACAUGCGCUGGUUGCACCCCAGACACCGACUUCUUCUGCCUCGGCGGCAACUCUACCACGCUCGUGACCCUCCGCAACGCCAUCCGGCGGCGCUGGCGCGUGGCGGUCCCACUGCUCAAACUGUUUGAGGCCACCACACUACGCUCCAUGACGGCCCUCCUCGAAGAAUCGAAGCUUCAUCAGGCCGAGAGUACCAGCAAUUAA